GUAAUUUAAAGCUACUAAUUAAGCUAAGGAGGACAUUAAACACCAAGACAAAAGGAGAAGUCCAUCAAAAUGGGAGCGGCUAAUAUUGUGGUGUACAUAGUCGUGGGUUUCCUUGGUUUGAUUGCUGCUGCUCUUGGCUUUGUUGCUGAGGCCACUAAGGUUAAGGCGGCCGACAUUAGUAUAUCGAGAUUUGAUGGUUGCGAAUACCCCAGCAGUCCUGCUAGCAUACUUGGAUAUGUUGCAGCACUACUCUUACUUAUCGUACUAAUUACAAUUAGUGCGGUAACUCGUUGCGCUUGCUGCCAGAGAAAUAAUUCUAACACUCGGUCGUCGUCUGCUGGAGCAAUCUUCUUUUUCAUAAUAUCCUGCAUUGCUUCAAUUAUCGGAAUCGGUAUCCUAAUAGCUGCUGCUAAUCUCAGCACACGUCAAGAGUCUCUCAGUUCAUUAGGACUUUGCUACUAUGUAAAACCAGGCGUAUUUGCCGCCGGUGGCGGUUUGGCACUUGUGGCGAGUAUCCUCGGUCUAUGCUCCUAUGGUGCUUCGACAAGGAACCGUGGCCAACAAGCACCGGCAGCGGUUCCUUCUCAAGGUGGUAUUGCCAUGGCAAACCCUCAGUUUGAUAUUGCCCCUUCAUACUCGAACCCCAAGCAGCAAGGGCAAUAUGCUGUUUGAGUUAUUACAAGUAUUUUCUUUGUGGAUUUUGAGGUCAAGUCUAAUUAUAUAAGGGUGCUUCAAUUUAAAUGUUUGGAAUGAGAUUGCAUAGUUUGUGAUUUUGAUAUGUAAAAGCAUUGAAUUGUUAUUAGAAAAACUUUUGCCUAGCUUCUUUGUAAAUACUUCGUACAUGUAGCCAGUACAUAAAUAACUUCCGUGAACUUUAGUAUGCACAUAAAAUAUUUAAAAUACCCGUAGACUUAAAUUGUUA